AUGUAUCAAUUGAGUUGUGCAUUGGAAGGACACUCUCAAGAUGUCCGAGAUGUGGUUGCCAUAAGCGAUGAGAAAGUCGCUAGCGUAUCCCGAGACGGUUCGGUCAGAGUUUGGUCCAAGUUGGAGGGUCAGAGAACCUGGGAAAGUAAGAUUAUUCAUGAGAGCGAAGGGUUUCUCAAUAGCAUUACCUAUGAAAGCGAAAGAAAUUUACUAUUUUAUGGGGGGAAGGACACAUUAAUCAAUGCAUCGCCUGCUGAUGCUUCUCUCGGUGAUGAUCCUUUGUACACGUUGAUUGGGCAUGAUUCGAAUGUUUGCAGCUUGGGUGACCUUCAAGGACGUGUGAUCAGUGGUAGUUGGGACAAGACUGCCAAGGUUUGGGAGAACGGUACAAUGAAAUGGAACCUCACUGGUCAUGACGGAUCUGUAUGGGAUGCCAAGAUCAUACCGCAUAUGGAAGAUCAUUUCUUGACAGCUUCUGCUGAUAAAACCAUCAAGCUAUGGAAGCGCGAUGAGUUAAUCAGAACAUUUUCCGGCAUACAUAAAGACGUCAUUAGGCAUUUGGAGAUUAUUCCCUCCAGCAAUCAGUUUAUCAGUAGCUCCAACGACGGAACCAUAAAGAUAUGUGAUUUUGAGGGAAAUGUGAUAAAGAGUUUAGAAGGCCAUGAAAGUUUCGUUUACAGCUGUAAAUUGAGCCCUAACGGAGACAUAGUGAGCUGUGGUGAGGAUAGAUCGGUUAGAGUGUGGGCCCCAAAUGGUCAACUAAAACAGGUUAUUCAGUUGCCAGCUAUAUCAGUGUGGUGCGUUGAUAUCUUACCAAAUGGAGACUUUGUCGUAGGCAGUAGCGACAAUUUGGUCAGGGUUUUCACCAGCGAUGAAUCCAGAAGGGCACCUAUUGUUGAAAUUGAAGCUCUUCAUAAGGAGGUAGAAAACUCAUCUAUAAAUUCACAGACUAUGGGGAUGGACGAAUCGAAGAUUGUGCCUUACGAGACAUUACAAAGUCCCGGAAAGAAGGAAGGCCAAGUUGCUGUUGUCAGAGCUCCAACUGGGGUUAUAGAAGCACAUCAAUUUUCUCAAGGUAGUUGGGUAAAGAUCGGAGAUGUAGUGGGCGCCUCUCAAAGUGGGAGUGGCAAGAAGAUAGAGUUUGAAGGUAAAAAAUAUGAUUAUGUCUUCGAUGUGGAUAUUGAAGAUGGACAACCUCCAUUAAAACUCCCAGUGAAUGUUAAUGACAAUCCAUAUAUUCUUGCAGAUAAUUUUUUGGCUCGUAACGAGUUGCCACAAUCGUACCGUGACCAAGUCGUGAACUUUAUUCUGAAGAAUACGGGUGGAGUAUCGCUGGAUGAAUCGGUCAGUGAGACGCAGGUUCAUACCUUCUCCGUUCUGCCGGUAAAGGAAUAUCUCUCCAUUACCAACUAUAACCCAGAAACCAUUUUCAAUGGGAUAGUCAAGCUCAACUCCAAUGAGAAAACCUAUGAUGAUGAGGCUUUGGCUGAAAUCGGUGCUGCUUUACACAGCGUUGACGAGAGUUGGGAAAUGAUUUAUUCCUAUGCGAGAACAAUAAGAUCUGAAUGGAAAGUGAAGACCCCUGCUUAUGACCUAAUGAGAAUAAUCGUACCCAUGUUGCCAUACUCCACCGACAUAGGUGAAUUCAUCGAAGAGGGCUUAGGUAACAAAAAUAUCACAAUCAGUAUGCUCACUCUUCGAAUUCUGAUCAACUGUUUCAAAAACAACACUUGGGGAAUUGGCCUAAUGUCAUCAAAAGACGUCUACGAGUCUGUUUUUGAGACUGUUGAGGGUGAAUUUGCUCAUGCGACCCAGAAACAAUCCCAAAGCUAUGCUGUAGCAGUGUCGACGUUGCUGUUUAAUUACAGUGCCUUAGUAGUAAAAGACGCAAAGAAUCUAGACAUAGUACCAAUUAUCUCAGAUGCUAUAAACACGAAGUUUGCCUUGCUUGAAGGAUUCCAAAACACUGAAGAAGCUGCAUACCGGUUGAUCGUUGCCUUAGGAAAUUUAGCCACUGUAGAGCCCUCAUUGAAGCAAUUCGCAAGCUCGCUGUCCUGGACUAAAAAAAUACAAGUCAAGAUACGGUGGCACGUCAAGAUUCGAGCACAUAUUCCAUGA